UUCUAAACUUGGGGUGUGUGGUAUAAGUAGCUGGCAGCACAAGUGAUGGUAACUGAGGAAGAGAGUCAGGGAAGGGGAGUGAGAGUGUGAGAAUGGCGAGAACUCCUUGCUGUGAUAAAACUGAACUAAAGAAGGGUGCUUGGACACCAGAAGAAGAUAUGAAGCUAAUGGCUUAUGUUACUAGAUAUGGCUCUUGGAAUUGGAGACAACUUCCCAAGUAUGCAGGUCUACAAAGGUGUGGCAAAAGUUGCAGAUUGAGAUGGCUGAAUUAUUUGAGGCCAAAUAUCAAGAGAGGGAAUUACACUAAAGAAGAAGAGGAAAUCAUCAUCAGCUUGCAUGAAACACUGGGGAACAGGUGGUCUGCUAUCGCUGCCCAGUUACCUGGAAGAACUGACAAUGAGAUAAAGAACCAUUGGCACACAAAUCUGAAGAAACGAUUGAGCGAAAAAUCAGUGGAAGCAACACGAUCGUGCUCAGAUGAUGACAAGGGCCAGGAGAAAGACACAGGAGAGACAGAAGUCAAUAAACAAAUUCCUGCGAAUAGUGCUCAAAUAAUUGAAAGCUCCUCAAGUGCAUUGUCUCCCCAGGCAUCAUCUGGUGAUUUUUCAACCACAGAUAACAUAGCGGCAACAAACAUGGACCUCGUUUCUGACGAUGAUUUGUCUUUCCUGGAGGCAUAUGAGAUCCCUAGUGGGAAUUUCUGGACAGAACCUUUCUUGUCCGAUGAUUAUUUCAUGCCUAAUGAUUUCUUGGCACCCUUGGUGAACCCGGAUUCACCAAUUUUUGAUGGCGAGAUUUCAAGCCCUUUUGCUUUCAUCAAUACGGAGGAUUAUAACUUAUACUGAAACCAGCUAAAAAUUGUGCAAUUCUUGUUAUUAUCUAUGAUCAAUAUGGUACUUCUAACGAAGAUUUUCCUCGAUUCGAGCUCGUGAGAUGGUUUUGUAUCCUUGGACGUCACAUACUAAAGGCAUGCAUGGAAAGGGGGGAAGCUCACAUUAUUGUUCUCAUUGGGUCAUAUGCUGUAAAAAUGUUGUGUUAUCCUCUAUUGUAUAUUGUUAGUAAGUGUAAUAAAAUUAUAUUCUUGAAACUCA